AUGGCUGAAGACGAAAAGAAAAAAGAAAAGGUCGAUGAACGGCCAGAAUUUUUUUGGAAUUAUAUUACGAAAACCAUGCGGCUUAAGCAGGAAAAAUGGACAAAAUGUAUGACAUCUAAUGACUUCAGGGAAAUUAUUAACACAUUUGUGAACGAUGCGUAUCAGGAACGUUUAAUAUUCACACUGAAUGCUGCUGCGGUGCUUGUUCCAUCUUUCAAUUUUCCAGAAAAACCGACAAGCAAGGUUGUUUAUUUCAUAAGAAAUGAUGUUCCUUCAAAUUUAACUUUGCAAAAUAUGUCCAGCGCUCUAAUGAUUGGCGAUAUAUUGCCGAAUGUCUUGGAAAAUCUUUCCGUAAUUUGCGAUGAUGUCAUAUUCCCGUUACUUAAUAAUCCCGUCAAUCAAAAUGGCUGGACAUCAGUUAUUGUCAAUGAUAUGAAGACAGAAUCUCAAGAUCUACGUAAUGGUAUUGCUCAAAUGAAAGGUCUGGUAAUUAAUCGUACCAUAUUACCUUUACCCAUAUGUAUCGACGAAGUAAUGGAAAGCGCUCCGGCUAUUGCUAAAGGGGAUCUUGGUAAAGUCAAUCAUUUGAUGAAGCAUGCUUUAGAAUUUAUGGUCGUCAAGUGGUUAGAUUCUGUUGAAGAUUUAGUGCACGUAAAAGCCAAGGAUAAAAUCUUUUCGAAAGAUGAAUUUCCAAGACCCGAGCAUUUAGUGGGCUUUUGGGAGACUCGUUUAGAAAAUCUAGAAAAUUUGGCCGAUCAAUUAGGCGAUAAACGCAUUAAAACUAUUGGAUUUGUUUUGGAGAGAAUUCGUUCGGUAUUCGAAAGCAGUUAUCGUCGCAUAGUGGAAUUAGUCUUGGAAGCUUUAGCCGAAGCUCGGGAUAUAACAAAAUAUCUUACACCAUUGCGUAAAGUAAUUGAUAAAUUUGAAACGGCCGAUAUGGAUGAAAAUCGGGCAAAUAUACGGCCAUUACUACUCACGGUCGGACUUGUUUGGGGGCAUUCAAAAUAUUUUCAUACCCUUGAUAAUAUGGUGUUAUUGUUUCAACUCUUGCAUAAUACAUUAAUUGAAUGCGCAAUGCGUACUAUUGAACCGGAUGCUAUCUUCCAAGGAGAUGUCGAUGAGGCUUAUAAAAAAAUUACUACAAAUAUUAAUCAUUUGGAGUAUUAUCGUUCUACGUACAAAGAUACACGCGGUAGUUUAAAAAAAUUUAAAGUUGGAACUGAAUUCAAUUCACAAGAUUGGACCUGGCAUCCUUCCGAAAUUUUCGACAGAUUCGAUAAGUUUAUUGCGCGCCUUGAAACUUUAGGCGAACUUUUCGAAACGGGACGAGAUUUUCUUAAAUUGGAAAAAGUUACUGUGGGCGGAUUAAAAGGACGGCAAAUUACAAUGGCGAUUGAAAAAAUUUUAGAGGAAUAUAACGGUUAUUAUCGGGAAUGGUCAAAUAUACAGUAUAAUCCUUUGGAUCCGGAUUAUCAAGGCUCUACUUUUGAAAGUGAUCGUGUUGCGUUUAAAGAAAAAACUGAUAUAUUGGAGCGUAAAAUUGCCUAUCAAUUUGAAAAAGCUUUAGAGGACUCUCACGAUCUCUUGCUUUGCGGUACCCUGCUUCUAAGGCCGAUUAUUAAAGCUCAUAUCGAUCCCUUCAUGCAUAUCUUAAUUGAUGAUUUUGCUGACGAGAUUGCGUCCGUGAAAGUCGAUUUUAAUGAGUUUCAAAAAACGUGCGAGACAGAAGGCAUAAGUGCUUUAAAUACCGAUAUGUGUUUUCCGCCAGUUACUGGCGCUUUAUCUUGGUUAAAUAAGUUGCAAUAUCGAAUAUCUUGGAUCCGUACAGAUUAUGAACUAUACGAUUAUCCAAUUUUCGAGAAUGAACAUGGUCAACAAACCCUGGAAAUAUAUGAAGAAAUGCUUGAUCAUAUUGAGAGGUUAAGAAAGGAUAUUCUUUUAUAUUGGAUCCUAGAAGUUAAAAAACAUAUUAAAGAGGGUACGGAAUUUACUUUAUUAGCCAAGGAUGAGAAGGGCGACCUCUCCGUCAACUUUAAUCUUAAUCUUAAAAAUGCCUUAAAAGAUACAAAAUAUGUUCUUCUAAUGGAACUGCCUAUUCCCGAUGACAUAAAGCAGUUUUAUGACAAGGAGGAGAGACUGUGGAGCGCGCGCAUUAAAUUACAACGCAUUUCCGAAUGGUACAAUGAUAUAAACUACAGAUCUAAGCCGAGUGAGAAAGCUCUUAUACGAAGUGAACUUACUUCGUAUGAAAUCUUUAUGGAACCUUUAGUUAGCAAAAUCACUUGGAACAAUUUCGAACAAAAGUUCAUUGUGGAUGUGUUUAAAAAAAUUCAAUAUCUACACAAACGUUUAGAGAGAAGUCAAGCAAAUAUAGAGGCCAUUAAGAAAAGUAUUAACGAGUGGGGAAAAGUUCCAUUAUAUCAGCGAAAGGAUAAAAAUCCAAAGGCAUUUCUCGAAACUGAACCACGUAUGGAUAUUUUGGCGGAACGCGUAGCUCACGCUGGCAUAACGUCCGUCCUUAUUGAUCGCAUAAUGUACGAAAAUGCAAAAUUGUUUUUCGAUAUUCCACGUCGACUCUAUUUGAUGGAUGAAGUCGAAGAAGAGGAAGAAGAAUAUCCCGAUGAUAUUUUUGACGAUAAGAAGGACGAUGAAGGAGAAGAAGAUGACGAGGAAGAGUUUAUUACGGCAAUGCAUCGCCAUGAACUUUUGCAAACGCUUACCCAAGAAGAAAGAGAUCUGUUUCGGGCUUACGAAAAAUACGUCGAUCAGGAAAUUACCCAACAACUUCUUGAUGCUGUGAUAACUAGCCUAACUUACUUAAAGAUGGAAAUUGAAAAUCGUUAUGAAAAUGAUUUUCCAAUUUUUGAAAUUUUGAUGGAAUUGCAAGAACCGCAUGUAACCUAUUUUUUGAACUUGGAUCCAACUUCAAAGGCUGGUUUCACAUAUCAUGUGGAAACUCUACUUGACGAUAUGUACCAUAUGAUGGAAAUGUUGCCGCGUACUGCUCAAGAUCCUGCUGCCAGCGAUGACGAGUUACUCGAUUUUGGAGAUGAGAUAGCGGACAAGGCGGAAAUUCAUAAAAGCCGCACCGACAUACUAACGAAAGUAAAGUUCGGUUUGCAGUCUGUUCGAACACAUUCUAAGCCCUUCAUGGACUACAGCUAUUUAUGGAUGUUGGAUAAGCAACAAUAUCUGGCUGAAGUGAAAAAAUUUGGGCGACCUCUCACAUUAUCUGAAAGAGAAGCAGAACUCGAAGCCGAGGGUGCGUCUGGAGUAAAGCCACUGAAAGAUGAAUAUCCGCCGCUUAGUGUUUACAAAGAACAAUUAGACAAGUUUAUCGCUCUGGAAAAACAGAUCAGCCAAUGGGAGACUUAUCAAAAUAUUAACGUUUGGUUGCGUUUGAAUAAGACGGGUUUUAAAAAUGCCGUUUUAAAUCAGGUUGCUAAGUGGAUUAGUCUAUUCAAGACCGAUUUGAUAGAUAGAGUUAAAAACUCUCUUAGAGAACUGGCUAUAUUUGUUGAAGAAGCUAACGAAGCUCUCAAAAUUGAACUUAAUAAAGACGAUUUCGAUGGUUUACUAAAGAUAUUAUCUGUCCUUAACACAAUCAACGAGAAACAAUUUAUCUAUGACUACAUGUUUGAACCGCUUCGAGAAAUCGUUGAUCUAUUGAAGACAUACAAUUACGAGUUUAAGGACACCGAAUUAGCUAUGAUGACAGAGCUACCGGAAAAAUGGGUUAAAGUUAAAAAACAAGCUGCGACUGUGAAACAAAUUAUUGCCCCGAUUCAAUCGUAUCAAGUCGAUCUUAUUGAAAAGCGAAUAUUAUUAUGCGACAAUAUGGCGACAACCUAUCGCAAGAAGUUCUUAAAGAAAAAGUUUUUCAAUGCGUUCUGUCCCAACGUAUACGAAAUUAUCGACGAGGCUGAUCUUGAAAUAGUCGCACUUGAGGACCGUCACAGAUCACUUACCAGCUCAGCUGUUCUUUUCGAACUUCAAGGUCCUGAUCCAACGAAAAUUGAACGUUGUCGGCGAGACUUGCAACUUAUUAAAAUUAUGUGGGAUUUCAAUAUAACUAUAGCGUCGACAAUUGAGGAUUGGAAGAAGACGCCUUGGAAAAAAAUUGAUAUUGAAUCUAUGGAUCAAGAGUGUAAAAAAUUUGGCAAAGAGUUGCGUGGAUUGGAUAAGGAAAUGCGCAAAUGGGAUCCUUAUAUACAGACAGAAAACUCUUUAAAAAAUUUGAUGACUUCGUUGCGGGCCGUCACUGAAUUGCAGAAUCCCGCAAUACGCGAUCGCCAUUGGAUUGAGCUUAUGCAAACUACUAAAGUUAAAUUCAGUAUGGACGACUCAACAACAUUAAAAGAUUUAAUUGACUUGAAUCUACACGAAUACGAAGAGGAAGUGAAAAAUAUUGUAGAUAAGUCCGUUAAAGAGAUGGCUAUGGAAAAAGUUUUACGUGAUUUGCACAAUGUUUGGGCUACUAUGGAGUUCCAAAAUGAAAUUCAUGAACGCACAGGGUUAAAACUAUUGAAAGCAAGUGAAGAAAUGAUUGAAGUUCUUGAAGAAAAUCAAGUUCAGUUACAAAACAUGGCUUCAUCGAAAUAUAUAGCUCAUUUUCAAAACGAAGUUACAAAUUGGCAAAUAAAGCUAUCUAACGCUGAUCAGAUUAUUGGAUCGUGGUUCGAGGUUCAACGUAAAUGGGUUUAUUUGGAGAGUAUAUUUAUUGGUUCGGAAGAUAUUCGGGCUCAGCUACCAGAAGACUCAAGACGAUUCGAUACAAUCGAUCGGGAAUUUAAAUCUAUGCUGACGCAAAUGAAUGCAGACCGAAAUGUAGUGCGAUCUACCAAUAAGCCUGGUAGUAAACUGUAUGAAAAUUUGGAGCAUUUACUCCAUCUGUUGUUGCUCUGCGAAAAAGCUCUAAAUGAUUACUUGGAAACGAAACGCUUAGCCUAUCCUCGAUUUUAUUUUGUAUCGUCCGCUGAUCUUUUAGAUAUCUUAUCGAAUGGUAAUAAUCCUAGAAUGGUAGCGAAGCACUUGACAAAAUUGUACGAUUCACUUGGUUCACUAAAUAUUUCGGUUGGUUCAAAGUCAGCUGCGGGCAUGGUUGCUAAGGAGCAUCAGGAAUAUGUUCCAUUCCUUGAACCUUGUGAUUGCAGUGGUAAAGUUGAAGCAUGGCUAACUAGGAUCACCGAUAAAAUGCGAGAAACGUUACGUGAUCAAUUUCGCCGAGCUGUAAUUUCUUACGAGGAAAAACCCCGUCAUCUUUGGAUAUUUGAUUGGCCAGCUCAACCGGCCUUAGUCACAACGCAAAUUUGGUGGACAACCGAAACUAACGACGCGUUUGCCAAAGUACAACAGCGUUAUGAGAACGCGCUAAAAGAUUAUAAUAAAAAGCAAAUUAUUCAACUAAAUCAUCUUAUUAAUCUCUUAUUGUCCGAUCUUACCGCGUCCGAUCGACAAAAAAUAUGUACCAUUUGUACUAUCGAUGUGCACAGUCGAGAUGUGGUAGCGAAAAUAAUAACAGCUAAAGUUGAGGUCGUUACAGCUUUCCAGUGGCAAUCUCAACUAAGACAUCGUUGGGAUACUAAGUUCGAAGAUUGCUUCGCUAAUAUAUGUGACGCUCAAUUUCAAUAUGAUUACGAAUAUCUUGGAAAUACACCACGAUUGGUUAUCACUCCUUUAACGGAUCGUUGCUAUAUAACUCUAACGCAAUCACUUCAUUUGAUUAUGGGUGGUGCGCCGGCUGGUCCAGCCGGUACUGGCAAAACUGAAACGACCAAAGACUUGGGACGAGCCUUAGGAAUUAUGGUUUACGUCUUCAAUUGCUCUGAGCAAAUGGACUAUAAAUCAGUUGGUGAUAUUCAUAAAGGCCUUGCACAAACUGGCGCCUGGGGCUGUUUUGAUGAGUUCAAUCGCAUAUCGGUCGAAGUUUUAUCUGUGGUUGCCGUUCAAGUGAAAUGCAUACAAGAUGCCAUUAAAGCGAAGAAAGUGAUCUUCAAUUUUUUGGGCGAAAUUAUUUCGUUGCGACCCACUGUUGGAAUGUUCAUUACAAUGAAUCCCGGCUAUGCGGGACGAGCGGAAUUACCAGAAAACUUAAAGGCUUUAUAUAGACCGUGUGCAAUGGUGGUACCUGAUUUUGCAUUAAUUAGUGAAAUUAUGCUCGUCGCCGAAGGAUUUCAAGAAGCUCGUCUAUUAGCUCGGAAAUUCAUUGCUCUCUAUGAACUAUGUAAGGAGUUAUUAUCAAAGCAAGAUCACUACGAUUGGGGACUAAGAGCCAUCAAGUCUGUAUUGGUGGUCGCUGGCGCCUUGAGGCGUGACGAUCGCUAUCGGCCAGAGGAUCAAGUGUUAAUGAGAGCUUUACGUGAUUUCAAUAUUCCAAAAAUUGUUACUGAUGAUUUGCCCGUAUUUAUGGGUUUAAUUGGUGAUCUAUUCCCGGCUUUGGAUGUUCCGAGAAAACGUAAUCUAGACUUUGAAGCGGUUAUUAAAAGAUCGGCAGUCGAUCUUAAAUUGCAACCAGAUGAUGGUUUCAUCUUAAAAGUAGUUCAACUCGAGGAACUUUUCGCUGUACGUCAUUCAGUUUUCAUUAUAGGAUUUGCCGGCACUGGCAAAUCGGAAGUAUGGAAGACUCUAAAUAAAACUUAUUCUAAUCAAAAGCGAAAGCCGCAUUAUAACGAUUUGAAUCCUAAAGCCGUUACAAAUGACGAAUUGUUUGGGAUAGUUAAUCCAGCGACAAGAGAAUGGAAAGAUGGUUUGUUUUCGAUCAUAAUGCGUGAUCAAGCAAAUUUGGGAGGUACUGGCCCGAAAUGGAUAGUAUUAGAUGGUGACAUUGAUCCUAUGUGGAUUGAAAGUUUGAAUACUGUAAUGGACGAUAAUAAGGUAUUAACAUUGGCUAGUAAUGAACGUAUCGCGCUAACAAAAGAAAUGCGUUUAUUGUUCGAAAUCGCUAAUUUAAAAACUGCAACACCAGCUACAGUUUCACGUGCUGGUAUUUUGUAUAUAAAUCCGCAAGAUUUGGGUUGGACACCUUUUAUAUUGUCUUGGCUUAAUACAAGGACUAAUCAAUCUGAAAUUUCAACACUUAAUGUGCUAUUCGACAAGUAUGUGCCGCCGAUGUUGGAAGUUUUCAGACUCCGAUUAAAGAAAAUAACUCCAAUAUCCGAUAUUGCUAUGCUUCAAAUGACUUGCUUUUUGUUAAAUAGCUUAUUAACUCCGCAAAAUGUGCCGGCCGACUGUCCGAAGGAUUGGUAUGAAAUAUAUUUCGUAUUUUCUAUAGUCUGGGGAUUUGGUUCUACACUGUUCCAAGAUCAAAUCAUUGAUUGGCGUAAUGAAUUUAGCAAAUGGUUUUUAAAUGAAUUCAAAGCUGUCAAGUUUCCUGGUACUGGAAAUAUCUUUGCAUUUUACGUUGAUCAUGAAACGAAAAAAUUUGAACCUUGGACAAAAUUGGUACCCGAUUUUGAAUUGGAUCCAGAUAUACCACUUCAAGCAAAUCUCGUCCAUACUUCAGAAACAACUCGUCUUCGCUAUUUUAUGGACGUUCUUAUACAGGAUAAUUAUCCUGUUAUGCUUAUUGGGCCACCUGGAUCCGGUAAAACAAUUAUAAUGAAUUCUAAACUCACUUCACUGCCCACAGAGAAAUUUGCGAUUACAAAUGUACCGUUCAACUUUUACACAACAUCUGAAAUGCUGCAACGUAUUUUAGAGAAGCCCUUAGAGAAAAAGGCAGGUCGCAAUUAUGGGCCACAAGGAAAUAAACGUAUGUUGUAUUUCGUAGAUGAUAUGAAUAUGCCUGAAGUUGACAAAUAUGGUACCGUACAACCCCACACACUAAUACGUCAAUUUAUGGAUUACCACCAUUGGUACGAUCGCUUGAAAAUGACACUGCGUGAUAUACAUAAUUGUCAAUUCGUUUCAUGCAUGAAUCCUUCGGCUGGUUCGUUCACCAUAAAUCCACGCCUCCAAAGGCAUUUUUGUUCGUUCGCGGUAAAUCAGCCCAGUCCGGAUGCUUUAUUCCAUAUAUUGAAUUCGAUAUUGUCGCAGCAUUUAAAUAAUCCGAUACAUAAAUUUGCGAAGUCUGUGAUCUCAUUGUGCGGACCUCUUGUACAGACUGCGAUAUUACUACAUCAGAAGGUGGCUACAACCUUUUUGCCCACGGCUGUUAAAUUUCACUACAAUUUCAAUCUACGCGAUAUUGCCAACAUUUUUACGGGCAUGCUAUAUGCUAAUUUUGAAACUUGCCCUAAUCCAAAUUUACUUUUACGUUUGUGGGUUCACGAAUGUAAUCGCGUCUAUGGUGAUAAGUUAGUUGAUUAUAGUGACAUAAAUGCUUUCAAUAAAGUUGUAAUGGAUAUGGUGCGGAAAGGCAUCGAAGGUUUUAACGAAGAUGCGGUAUUUUCGAAACCUCUUAUAUAUUGUCAUUUUGCAAAAGGCUUGUCCGAUAUUAAGUAUAUGCCAAUUCCUGACUGGGAGCGAUUACAUAAAUUGCUUGAGGAAGCUCAAGAAAGAUAUAAUGACUUUAUAGGUGCUAUGAAUUUGGUACUCUUUGAGGACGCCAUGGCCCAUGUAUGCCGUAUUAGUCGAAUUGUCGAGUCAUCACGAGGCUACGCAUUAUUAAUCGGUGUAGGAGGUUCGGGUAAGCAGUCUUUAACAAGACUUGCCGCCUUCAUUUCUUCGCUUGACGUUUUCCAAAUACAGCUAACCAAAGAUUACAGCAUCAAUGAUUUAAAAGUGAACAUCGCUUCGCUAUAUAUGAAAUGCGGCGUGAAGACCUCACCUUGCUGUUUUUUGAUGACAGAUGCCGAAGUGGCAAGGGAGCAAUUUUUGGUUCUGGUAAAUGAUUUGUUGGCAUCCGGUGAAAUUCACGAACUUUUCCCGGAUGAUGAGAUAGAAAAUAUUAUUAAUGCCGUACGUAACGAAGUUAAACAGUUAGGUAUUGUCGACAAUCGCGAAAACUGUUGGAAACAUUUUAUCGAGAAAGUGCGCGGUAUGUUAAAAGUUGUGCUAUGCUUUUCGCCCGUGGGAACAACUCUACGUGUGCGUGCACGUAAUUUCCCCUCAUUGGUAAAUUGUACAACGAUUGAUUGGUUUCACGAGUGGCCACGUGACGCUUUGGAAUCUGUGUCAUAUAGCUUUCUGUCUGAAAUUGAUGUUCUGCCUAAAGAUCUGGCUAAGCCGGUUUCCCGAUUUAUGGCCUACGUGCAUAAAACUGUCAAUGACAUAUCCAACGUUUAUUUGCUUAAUGACAAACGUUAUAAUUAUACGACCCCAAAAUCUUUCCUAGAAUUAAUAAGCUUGUAUACAAAAUUAUUAAAAGAAAAAGUAAGAGCUAAUCAGGAUCGCCGUACCCGCUUAGGAAAUGGUCUCAUUAAAUUAGCCAGUUGCUCGAAAGAAGUUGAUGCCCUACAAGACGUACUUAAAGUGCAAGAAGUAGAGUUGAGGAUUAAAAACGAAGACGCUGAUAAUUUGAUUAAGGUUGUUAGCACUGAAAAUGAAAAAGUUUCGAAGGAAAGAGCAUUUGCUACCAAAGAAGAGAAAAAUGUUCGGCAAAUUGAAGAAGACGUCACAGCGAAAGCUAAACUUUGCGAAGAGGAUUUCCGCAAAGCUCAGCCUGCACUUAUUGCCGCCCAAGAGGCUUUAAACACAUUAAACAAAAACAACUUAACCGAAUUGAAAUCUUUUGGCUCACCUCCGGAAGCAGUGGUAAGCGUAUGUGCUGCCGUAUUGGUUUUAUUUUCGCAGAAAGGAAAGAUACCCAAGGAUCGCAGUUGGAAAUCAUGUCGCAGCAUUAUGGGAAAUGUUGAUAAAUUUCUCAAUGAUUUAGUGAAUUACGACAAAAAGCAUAUACACCCAGAUAUUAUAAAAGCAUUGCAGCCAUACAUAGCGGAUCCAGAAUUUAUUCCCGAAAAAAUUCUUGCCAAGUCAGCCGCCGCUGCAGGUUUAUGUUCAUGGGUUAUUAAUAUUAAUCGUUUCUAUGAAGUCUACUUAAUCGUCGAGCCUAAAGAGAGGGCCCUUGUUGAAGCUGAACAAGAAUUACAGGAUGCUCGUGAUAAACUGACGGCAUUAAAUCAGCGUCUUAAUGAAUUGGAAGAACAAUUGAAUGUACUACAAUCGGAGUACGAUGAAGCAUUGGCCAAGAAACAAAAAUGUCAGGAUGAAGCAGAUAAGACUGCCUUUACCAUCGAUUUAGCAAAUCGUUUAAUCGGCGGCUUGGCAUCUGAAAAAAUACGUUGGACUGAAUCGGUGAAAAAUCUGCUUAGCAGCCAAAUUACAUUACCAGGCGAUAUUUUGCUUAUAUCAUGCUUCAUUUCUUAUGUUGGCUGCUUCACUCGCCCCUAUCGGACAGAAUUGCAAGUAAAAAUGUGGGCACCUGCUUUCAAGGCCAGCGACCCAAAAAUUCCGUCCAGUGAGGGCAGCGAUCCCUUCGAAAUGAUCUGUGAUGAUGCUCAAAUAGCUGAGUGGAAUAAUCAAGGCCUACCCAGUGACCGAAUGUCGGCUGAAAAUGCUGCAAUUUUAGUACACUCUGAUCGAUAUCCUUUAAUGAUUGAUCCUCAAUUGCAAGGUAUAAAAUGGGUAAAACAAAAAUAUAGCUCCACUAUCGUAGUGUUGCGAACUACACAGAAAGGUUAUUUGGAAAAAAUAGAGCAUGCGGUUAGUAACGGAAACGUUCUACUACUAGAAAACAUCGGCGAAAAUGUAGACGCAGUCUUAAAUCCAUUGCUUGGUCGUAUGUUGAUUAAGAAAGGCACUUGUUUGAAAAUGGGUGAUAAAGAAAUUGACUUCAAUCCAAAAUUUCGCUUAAUUCUCCACACAAAACUGGCUAAUCCUCAUUAUAAGCCGGAGAUGCAAGCGCAAACGACGCUUAUUAAUUUCACUGUUACACGCGAUGGUUUGGAAGAUCAAUUACUGGCCGAAGUUGUUAAAGCCGAAAGACCCGAUUUGGAGGUAUUGAGGACUCGUCUUACUCAGCAGCAGAAUCAUUUUAAAAUUACUUUGAAAUUUCUCGAAGAUGACUUACUUCAACGUUUGUCCUCUGCAGGCGAGAAUGUUUUAGAAGAUGUUUCACUUGUAAUGAACCUAGAGAAGACCAAGAAAACAGCUGAUGAAAUCGAAGUGAAAGUAGCCGAAGCGAAAAUUACAGCUGUUCAAAUAGAUACGGCACGCGAAGCCUAUCGUCCCGCUUCAGAACGCGCUUCCAUCAUAUAUUUCAUUUUGAAUGAUUUAUUUAAAAUAAAUCCCAUUUAUCAAUUUUCCCUGAAAGCGUUUACAGUGGUAUUUUCCAAUGCCAUCCUUAGGGCAACGCCUGCUGAGAAACUAAAAGAUCGAGUCGAAAAUCUAAUUGAUUCAAUUACUUAUUGCAGUUUCAUGUAUACUUCGCGUGGUCUUUUUGAAGCCGAUAAAUUAACUUUUCUAACUCAGCUAACGAUACAGGUUUUGAUAAGCGCUGGUGAAGUUGAACCAUCAGAACUUGAUUUCUUACUGCGAUAUCCAUAUAUGGUUAACGUGACUUCUAAUCUGGCGUUCCUUACAAAUGUUGCCUGGGGCGGCAUUAGAGCUUUAAGUAAUUUACCAGCAUUUAAAGGUCUCGAUAAAGACAUAGAGGGGUCACAUAAGCGAUGGAAAAAAUUUAUUGAUUCAGAAUGUCCUGAGAGAGAAAAAUUUCCGGGCGAAUGGAAAGGCAAAUCAGCGAUUCAAAGGCUUUGCAUAAUGCGGUGUAUACGGCCAGAUCGUAUGUCAUAUUCAAUGAAGGUAUUCAUCGAAGAAAAAUUAGGAUCCAAAUAUAUUGAUGCACGCUCGAUGGAAUUCGCAAAGACCUUUGAGGAAUCUAGCGCUGAAACUCAUAUAUUCUUCGUCCUCUCUGCCGGUGUAGAUCCUUUAAAAGAUGUUGAAAAGUUGGGAAAAGUCUUGGGAUUUCACGGUGAUCAUGAAAAUUUUCAUAGCGUCUCACUGGGACAGGGUCAGGAAAUAGUUGCUGAAAAUGCUAUUGAUACUGCAUCUAAGAGAGGUCAUUGGGUUAUACUGCAAAAUAUACAUUUGGUGGCACGUUGGUUACCUUCAUUGGAGAAGAAAAUGGAAGCAUCCUUAAUCGAUGUAAAUCCAAGCUAUAGAUUGUUUUUGAGUGCAGAACCAGCUGGCGACCCUGCCGCUCACAUAUUACCCCAAGGUAUAUUAGAAUCAGCGAUUAAGAUAACCAAUGAACCUCCGACCGGUAUGCAAGCUAAUAUCCAUAAGGCUUUGGAUAAUUUCAGUGACGAGACAUUGGAAAUGUGUUCUAAAGAAACUGAAUUUAAAGCUAUAUUGUUCUCUCUCUGCUAUUUUCAUGCUGUCGUAGCCGAGCGUCGAAAGUUCGGAGCACAAGGCUGGAAUCGUGUUUAUCCUUUCAAUGUGGGCGAUCUGACAAUAUCAGUAUAUGUCCUUUACAAUUAUUUAGAGGCAAAUAAUCGUGUACCUUGGGAAGAUUUACGUUAUCUCUUUGGAGAGAUUAUGUACGGAGGUCAUAUAACAGAUGAUCGCGAUCGUCGUCUAUGUCGCACAUAUUUAGAAGAAUUUAUGCAACCAGAACUAAUUGAUGGUGAAUUAGAAUUUUGCAGCGGUUUCCCAGCCCCUGGUAUUUUAAAGUACGCCGGAUAUCAUAGUUACAUAGAUGAAAAUCUUCCACCCGAAAGCCCCAAUUUAUACGGAUUACAUUUAAAUGCAGAAAUUGGUUUCUUAACAACCGUUUCCGAGCGCCUUUUCCGCACAGUUUUCGAACUGCAACCCCGUUUAGCAGGCGCUUCUGAUGCUGGCGGUGGCGAAGCCCAGUCACAAGAAGAUGUAGUUAAAGGCAUGCUCGAAGAUCUUAUUGACAAAAUUCCAUCGCCGUUUAAUAUAUAUGAAUUGAUGGCGCGUGUCGAGGAUCGUAAUCCCUACAUUCUGGUAGCAUUCCAAGAAUGUGAACGUAUGAAUAUACUGAUGGCAGAAUUGAAGAGAUCUCUUAACGAAUUAGAUUUGGGUUUAAAAGGUGAACUAACGAUAUCAUCCAUAAUGGAGAAUCUAAUGCAAUCACUUUUUAUGGAUCAAGUGCCGGAAUCGUGGACUAAAUUGGCAUAUCCUAGCACCUUAGGCUUACAAUCAUGGUUUGCCGAUUUACAGUUGCGAUUACGGGAAUUAGAAGGCUGGGUUGCUGAUUUCCGUUUACCAUCAUCAGUUUGGUUAGGUGGGUUCUUUAAUCCGCAGAGUUUCUUAACGGCUAUUAUGCAACAGACCGCACGUAAAAAUGAAUGGCCUUUGGAUCGAAUGUGUCUAAACACCGAUGUUACUAAGAAAACGAAAGAAGAAAUUUCAUCGGCCCCACGUGAAGGAGCUUAUAUAAACGGUUUAUAUAUGGAAGGUGCGCGUUGGGACAUGAAUAUGAAUACAAUCGCUGACGCAUUUCUUAAAGAGCUAUUUCCAGCCAUGCCUGUCAUAUAUGUUAAAGCUGUCCAAAAAGACAAACAAGAUACGAAAAAUGUUUAUGAAUGCCCGGUUUACAAAAUUCGACAACGUGGCCCCACUUACGUUUGGACGUUUAAUUUAAAAACGAAAGAAAAACCAGGGAAAUGGACAUUAGCUGGAGUAUGCUUACUAUUACAAAUCUAA